AUGAUGCGUUAAAGAAUUACAACGAUUAUUUAACAGGACCCCCUUUCUUCUACCCUCCUUCAUCUCUUUCCGGUGGUGGCCCGCAAAAAAUUGUCGGACAAUUAAUUAUGUAUUUAUUGAUUGGCUUAUUGAGAAAAAAUUAAAGCUUUUUAACAAACGUCUUUAACAAUGAUAAGUCUUAAAGCAACCUAUGAUAACACUUCAAAUGGCAAGCAUCAGGUGAUUGAAGUCCCACACGACUCUGAUGUGUUAACUGAUUCCGUCAAUAAAUUAAAAGAUCAAAUCAAUUCCUUUUUAACACAUGUUUUAGAAAUUGAAAAGCAGGGAAAUGCAGUACCGACAGUUGAACAGGAUCAAAUCGAGAAUGAAAAAGAAAAUGAGGAGGAGGAGGAAGAGGAUAAUUCCCCAAUGACUGCCAAUAAACCAGAUUUUGAAGAAGAAAAAGCAACAAAGAAGUUAAAGAUGGAUUCUUAACAAACGGAUUAUAGAAAUUUUAAUAAAAAAUAUAUACAUAUAUAAUUUUCUAUAUUUAUUAACUAUAAAGGGGAGAAAAAUUCAUCUCGUAUGUAUACAACGCACAUUUACUAAUUGUAAUAUAACAUAUAUGAUAUUAGAUGAAUAAUAUAGAAUAAUAAAAAAAGUACAUUCGAUAGUAGGAAAUUUGGAUUCAUAGGAUGUUUGCACUUUUGAAAUCAUUUGAGCAAACAAAGCCUAUAUGCCAUACAACAGUAGCUGAAUAUAACGUAAAAUGGAAAUUGUAGUAGAUUGUUCAAUGUAAUUAAGUGUUAUACGUUCCCCAAUUAGCGAGGCAUCUAUAACAAAAAAAAAAAAAA